CGCACGGACGCGGAUGUCGUGCGCGAAAAACACCGCUUCCUAUGGGACAGAGAUGACGGCGCCGCACGCCGGCGGCCGACGUGGGGCGACGGCGGCGGCAGCGACGGGCUGACCUGGGAGGAGAAGCUCGCCAAGCGGUACCAUGAUCGUCUCUUCAAGGAGUAUGCGCUGGCGGACAUGAGCCGGUACCGCGAGGGCGCGAUCGGCCUGCGCUGGCGCACCGAGCGCGAGGUGCUCGAGGGUCGCGGCCACUUUUCGUGCGGCAACAAGGCGUGCGCCUCCACUGGCCCGCUCACGUCGUACGAGCUGCUCUUUCGGUACGACGAGCGCGGAGCGACCCGCGAGGCGCUGGUGAAGCUGCGGUGCUGCGACGCGUGCGCGUACAAGCUCCACUACCGCAAGAACAAGGAGCGGCGGCGCGAGGAGCGGCGCGAGGAGCGGCGCCGAGCUCGCCGGGAGGGCAAGGCCAGGAAGCGGAGGCGCAGCGAGGGCGGAGGCGAGGGCGACGACGAG